CAGUGCCCCGCGCCCUGUCGCUGCGAGCCAGAGCAGCGGGCUCGGGGCCAUGGACGCCCCCGCCGGCCCGGGCCCGGGCCCGGCCCGCAAGGAGCUCAAGAUCGUGAUCGUGGGCGACGGCGGCUGCGGCAAGACGUCCCUGCUCAUGGUCUACUGCCAGGGCUCCUUCCCCGAGCACUACGCGCCCUCCGUGUUCGAGAAGUACACGGCCAGCGUGAUGGUGGGCAACCAGGAGGUGACCCUCAACCUGUACGACACGGCGGGGCAGGAGGACUAUGACCGCCUGCGGCCCCUGUCCUACCAGAACACGCAGCUGGUGCUCAUCUGCUACGAUGUCAUGAACCCCACCAGCUACGACAACGUGCUCAUCAAGUGGUUCCCUGAGGUCACGCAUUUCUGCCGGGGAACCCCCAUGGUGCUCAUCGGGUGCAAGACUGACCUGCGGAAGGACAAGGAGAUGCUGCGGCGGCUGCGGGCGGCACAGCUGGAGCCCAUCACCUACAUGCAGGGCAAGACCGCCUGCGAGCAGAUCCGGGCCGCCCGCUACCUGGAGUGCUCGGCCAAGCUCCGUGAGAACGUGGAGAGCAUCUUCCGGGAGGCGGCCAAGGUGGGCCUCAGCGCGCUGAAGAAGGCAAAGCGGAAGCAGCACCAGCGGUGCCUCCUGCUCUGACCCCGGCUGCACC